GUUGGGCGGAGGUCACAGGUCAGUUCCUCCAGUCAUCUUCAAGAGAAAGGUUCUCCUUCUGUAAUCAAGUAAGUCGCUGCAAGGAUGGCAUCUUCUCACAGUACCGCGGACUCUGUCAAAGGCGCAAUCCUUCAACGUGAAGAUGAGCUCACAAAGCUGAAAAAGAUUGGGAUGGCGGCGGCGGUGGUGACGGCAUUAAGCUACGGCUACGGUGAGAUGACGAUAGCGAGAACAUUGUCUCCUGACCCGCGUCAGGAGUCGUGGCUCCUGAUGACCUCUCCUCUGCCUACGCUAUUUGCUACCUUUGUGUACAUCGCUGCUUCUACCUGGUGGGGACCCCUCUACAUGAAGCACAGGGCACCUUUCAGUGGGCUCAGGAACGUGAUGAUGGCCUACAAUGCCAUCCAGGUCGUCUAUUCUGCUUGGAUGUUCUAUGAGGGUGGCAUGGCCGGAUGGUUUGGCGACUGUUCGGUUUUCUGCCAAGCAUGUGACUUCUCGGACGAUCCUAAAGCCGUAAGGAUGAUGCACUGCUGUUACUGGUACUACUUCUCAAAGCACGUAGACUUCAUAGAUACUCUGUUCUUCGUGUUGCACAAGAAAAACAGCCACAUCUCCCUGUUGCACAUGACCCAUCACAGCCUCAUGCCCGUCAGCACCUGGUACGGUGUCCGCUAUUACCCAGGUGGCCACAACACCCUCUUCGGCUUCCUCAACUGCUUCGUUCACGUGGUGAUGUACUCCUACUACUUGCUGGCGGCCAUGGGGCCCCGAGUCCGUCCCUUCCUCUGGUGGAAGAAGUACCUCACCGGCCUCCAGAUUGUCCAGUUCAUAAUUGUGAUACUACAAGCUCUCUUGAUGCUCUUCAUAGAGUGCGAGGCGCCUCUCAUCGUAGCCCACUGGGUCGGCGUCGUCGCUAUAGGGUUCUUGGCACUAUUCGCAGACUUCUUCUACAGCAGCUACACGGCGAUGGGGACUGUAUCUAAGGAGGACUAAGUGGCAUAGACUGUCUGCGAUGGAGCCUUAAGUCUUUCUAUUACUUGUUAAUUAUCCCUGAUACUGUUCUCUGAAAUUAGCUAGUGUGAAAAGUUGUCUUGUAUCCUCGGUAGGUCUGGAUAAUUUGGUCCACUGGCUUCAGUUUUAUUGUUUUCUAGUUUUAAUUUAUUUUAGGUCUUAAAUUUUAUUACGGUGCACUUUAAAUUUUAGUUUGUUAAAUAUUUGCGAAAAUUUGUCCUUGGGCAAUUGUAAAGAACUGUAAUUUUUGUUUAUUAAACUUAAGAUAUCUAUAAUGUCAACCAAAAAUUUCCUGACUAAAUUAACUGGUCAUAUGUUGUUGAAAAAUAAAGAUUACAAAUAAA